AUGAAGCAUCUCAUGAAAUUUCUUGUCCAACUAACACGGUCUCUCAAUACUUAUUCGUGCGUUCGCCAUCCCGGGAACUUAAUAUCUCCUCUCCGGAGCACCAACCCUUUGCAGCUUCGGAUCGCUACGGCUUUGGAUCAGAAGAAACCAAUUGUUCAAGUUCUUGAGCAAUGGCAAGAACAAGGGAAUCAAGUGAAGCCUUCAGACCUCAGAUGCAUGAUCAAGAAGCUCCAAGAUUCCGAUCGCUUUUACCAUGCCCUCCAGACAUCAGAAUGGAUGAGUUCACAACAGGUUUAUCAUCUGUUUCCGGAAGAUAUCACUUCUCGUCUCCAGUUGAUGGAGACAGUUUUGGGUCUGAAAGAAGCAGAGAAUUUCUUCGAAAUCAUUCCCGAGAUGUUAAAGGACUACAGUGUCUACAACACUCUAUUAAGCUUCUACACAAGAUCUGAGGAAACUCUGCAAAAAGCAGAAGCCACUUUCGAGAAGAUGAGGGAGCUUGGAUUCCUCUUGAAACCUUCCCCAUACAAUCUAAUGCUAUCUCUCUACAGUCCGCUAAGAAACCAAGAUAUGGUCAAUCAACUUCUGAUCGAGAUGGAGGAGAAUAAUGUCGAACCCCGAUAA